CCGAAAACAAGACCUGCAACAAGUGACUUUCAACAACUGAGACGAAAAUGGAGCUUUCGCUUUGUCACAUUUGUUUCGAGAGCUUGGUCAACAAAUAAACGCAUCUUGUGGGAUAAACGGCAGACGGUGAGGUGAGCCUUAUCCACGGAGAGGGAUUUGGUUGUUUCUCUAAGUGUUCCUUAUGGAGUCAGUUAGUGGCAUGCCAAACACUGGACUACCACAAGGCUAUACACAGCCCUCCCACACAAGAGGCCAGAGCAAUGGCACUUACGGCCUCAGUAUCAGAGUUCAAGGCAUAGAUGGACACCCUUAUGUGGUCCUCAAUAACCAGGAUAAAUUACCAAACCCCUAUGCGGGCCCCCAAAACAGUAAUGGGUAUAUGGACUCAGAAAGACCUUUUACUACCAACUAUGAAAGGAAAAAUCUUCCCGAAGGCCCAUUUGUGGAUUACAGGCCUCAGAAGCAACACGGAGUUCCUCACAGUGGGACUUCUGAUCCUAAGAAGCAGUCCAAUUUUUUAAACUUCCAGAAGCAUCCAGAGAUUCUCAAACCAUAUGAUCCUGAGAGCAAUACUCUUGAUAACUUUCAAAGUCUGCCAACAGCUGAGGCUCGAUCCUCCAGCCUAGACCAAUUCAUAGUCCCCGAUCCACCUUUACUGGAUGACGGGGGACACUCCCAACCUCAGGUUCAUAACCAGACACUACCAUUCAAUGUCCAAACGGGUCUGUCCAAAGGCCAUGUUGUGUGUCAGCCUCAGGUCAAACCCCAGAAUCGAGCUCAACCUCUGGUCAAGCCCCAGGUUCAGCCACAAUUUAAGACUCCAGUGCCAUACCAGGCCCAGUCCCAGCCCUCACAAUGCCUUCCAGUUCCUCAGGCAUAUACCGUGGCCAGCAACCCUAAUGACCAUACCAAGGUUGCCUCGAGGCCACCCAGCUCAGUGAGUAGCACCAACUCCAGCCUUGAGCGAAGUCGACGUGAACCAGAUGUCCUCCCCUUGAGGCGUAUUGACUCCAGUGGCCCGGUGCUACAGUCUUCCCCAUCCCAUAACUCCUCUAUGGGCUCCAUCUCACCAACCAAGGAAGACCAGUUGGACCAGCUUAACGCAGACACCAUUAACCGCCAUGAGAAUCGGCGCUACAUCCCUUUUUUGCCUGGUACUGGCCGUGACAUCGACACUGGUUCCAUUCCAGGCGUUGAUGAGCUCAUCAAGAAGUUUGACAGCAAAGAGACUUCUCAACGUAGGGGUCGGACAGGACGGAGGAAUCGAAUUAACCCAGAGGACCGCAAGCGUUCCCGUAGUGUGGAUAGCGCCUUGCCAUUUGGUCUCGGGGGAGAUGCCAACUACUUGGAUGAGGUUAGCCAAAAUCGAGGCAGGUCCUCAGAGCAUCUCCUCCGGCCUUCACUGCUCUUACAGAAGGGUGCUACAGUGAAGGCCUCCUCCAUCUCUCCACCUUCCACUGUUGGACACAGGGGGAGCCUCAAAAACAUAGCACAAGUCAGCAGUGCUCCAGGCUCUCCUCUAGGGACAUUCACCAACUAUGCAGUUGGUAAUUUGGGGUACAAGAAGCCUACGAGUCAUCCCUCCAUUGUGCCAGUAGAGAACAAAAAUGAAGAAGCCAAACCAUCACAGAGCAAAAUGUCCAUGUUGAGUCUGGCAACAGGAUCAAUUUCUCGUCCCGCUGUCAACAUUAAAUCAUCAAACACCGAAAUAGAUGCACAGGUGACACCUGAUCUUCUGAAAGGUCAACAAGAGCUUUCACAACAAACAAAUGAAGACACUGCCAAGCAGAUCUUAUUUAGUUAUCUCAAAGAUGGGAGCAAUGAUAACGAUGAUACUACAAAGAGGAAGGUCAACCUGGUGUUCGAAAAAAUCCAGACCUUGAAGUCACGGGCAGCGGGAAACGUACAAGCGGACAACAAAUCUCCAGACAUUGCAGUCCAGGUUAGAGCCCUUCAGGAGCAGAAAGCAGCACUAGAAAAAGAGCUUGUUGAUAUUAAGAAACAGCUUAAGUACGAAAGCAAGAAGCACACUGAUUUGAGCGAGAAUCAACAGAAGACGGCAGCGGGAAUGAAGAACUUGAAGAGAGAGCUGGACCAGAGUCAAGCGGAGUGCAGCAAACUGCACGACAAGCUUAGUAAAACAGAGGAUGACCUGCGCACCGCACUGGAUGAACUCUUUCAGGUGAAGAUGGAGAAAGAACAGUAUCAAACGGAGAUCAGAGACCUGCAGGACCAGCUCUCAGAGAUGCAUGAUGAAUUGGAUGGAGCCAAACAUUCUCAAACAGACAGCACAGAGAAAGAGGCCAUGAUGGAGGAUUUGAUGCACCUGAAGUUAGACCUCCAGGAUCUGCUCCUAGUCAGAGAGGAGCAGGAGGAAGUGCUGAAAAGGCGCGAGAGGGAGCUGACCGCCCUCAAAGGAGCUCUGAAGGAGGAAGUGGCAACUCACGAUCAGGAGGUGGAUAAACUUAGAGAGCAAUAUGAAAAGGAGAUCCGCAAGCUGCAAAUGGCUGUGGAGGAAGCCAAACAGAACAAUGCCACAGCGAGUAAGGAGAAGGAGGAAGUGGAGGCAGCACGGCAGUUGUCUGAGGGUCAGGCAGGCCAUCUGUCUCAGGAGGUGGACAAACUGCGCAGGAGGGCGCAGGAGCUGGAGAAUGAGGUGGCCAAACUCAACCGCAUCAUUGAUGAAGCCAAGCAGCAGGAGAGCAGGCUGGCGGAGCGUGCCAGCCGUCUGGAGAAGGAGAAGAGACAGUUGGAUGAGUCUAUCGCUGAGGUCAGGGAACAGGAAGAGGAAAUGACCCGAGCAAAUCGGGCACUUAGUACUCGCCUAGAGGAUGUGCAGAAAAACUUGACCAAGAUGACUCAAGAGCACCAUGAGCUGGAGGAAAGACUGAAAGAGGAAAGGAGUCAGAAAGAGCAGUUUAAAAACACUAAGAAUGAAAUUGAAGAUGAGCGGAGGCUGCUGGACAGGACUGUCGAGAAAUUACAACGGGAGAUGAAUGAGAUAGUAGAGGCGUCUCAGAGCUCAACUCAGGAGCUGCAGGAGCAGAUAGACAUGUAUAAAGAGAAAAACCAGAGGGAGAUGGCAGAGCUGAAGAAGCAGCUUAGAGAGGGAGAACUGGAGCUAGAUAAAUCACGUCUUGCCACCAAGAAUCUUCAGGAGGAGCUGGCUCAUGUGCAAGAGGAAAUGCAUCAGUGUCAGAAGGAGAGAGAUGAAGCCAUGCAGAGAACAAAUAACCUGGAGCAGAAGGUCUUUGAUCUGGAGGUCAAGGCCGAGACAAAAGCCCACUCAAAUGACAAAAGCAGACAAGUCAAACUCCUAGAGGACCGUGUGUCUCAAUUAGAGAUGGAGCUGGAGGAGGAAAGGCAGAGUGGAGAUAUGCUGAUGGAGAGAAUAGACAGAGCGAGAGAACAGUUGGAGCAGAUGAGGAGUGAACUCAUGCAGGAGAGAGCCAGCAGACAGGAUCUGGAGUGUGAUAAGAUCGCCCUGGACAGACAGAAUAAGGAUCUGAAGAGCAGGAUCGCUCAUUUAGAGGGAUCUCAGAAGCCCAAUAAAGAGGGUCUGGUGGCCCAGCUUGAGAACCGCAUCCAGGAACUGGAGGAAAGACUAGAGGGAGAGGAGAGAGAACGAGCUAACCUACAACUGGCGAACCGUCGGCUAGAGCGCAAGGUGAAGGAGAUGAUGAUGCAAGUGGAUGAAGAGCAGCAUUCACUGCAAGAUCAGAAAGAUCAGCUGAACCUGCGUCUGAAGGCUCUGAAGAGGCAGAUGGAUGAGGCAGAGGAGGAGAUCGACCGACUGGAGCACAGCAAGAAGAAACUGCAGAGAGACUUCGAGGAGCAGCAGGAGGCCAAUGAACAGCUCCAGAGUCAGCUCAAAGCACUGCGCAGUGAGAUGAGGCGUAAGAGCAGCUCGGCACCAGUCCUGAAUAUUGAUGACGACGAUGACGAUGAUGACAUCAGCACUUAUGGUGAGACCUACUUCAGUUCUUCAUCCAGCUACAAGCGCUCCAGCAGUCAAGAUGCCAUCAUCUCCAAUUUCUCUCUGUGAAUACACAACUGCAAACUGGGAGGAAGUUAUAAAUACAGAUGGAAAGAUGCCAAUUUCAUGUGACCAUGAGACCAAUCCCUAAUGCCUUACUCCCUUGAUGAUAUAUUUUUGCUAGCUUUUUCUUUUUUAAGUAAUCUUUUGUGUUCAAACCUUUUGAAUACGGUAUAGCACUGUAUAUCUGCGCAAAAUACAAUGUUUGUCAAUUGUUUGUUUUUUGUCCAAAAAAAUAUUUUUUGUACAAUUAAAUAUUCUACCAUUUCAAUAAAUCCACUGACAUAAAAGCUGCCUUUUAAUAAUGCAAAAAUAGCAUGCUAUUUAACUACCUGGAAUGUGAAGAACUGACAGACUGAAAGACAAUACAUAUUAAGGGAAAUGUGUAUGAGGGACAAAAAACAAAACAGCGAUGACCAAUAGUUUUUUUACGUAAUGAACAAUCAGAUUAAAUGUUAUUCCUUAUUAACUAUUCAUAUGAAGCUGCGCUUGUUUCUGUACAUUUUCCAUCUAAUUUUUCAACAUUAUACCAGACACAAAAGCCUUUGAAAUGUACAGAUUCUCUGGUCUAUGUCUGUUCAAUCUUUCCCAGUAAAAUGUUACACUGUAUUGACAUUUAUGUUACUAGGAUUUUUCAUCCUACUCUGAAUCACAAAUCAGUGUUAUGGAUAAAACUGCAUGAGCCUGUUUUAUUAUAGAAAAAAAAAACUUUUAGAAUUGGUUUUAACACACUUUCACACUUAUGAAUAUGCCCUGUAUUUGCAUGCUGUAUAUUUAAAAGCAUUUGUGCCUAUUGAUUCAGAGGGGAAAAAUGUCCUGACUUGUAUAUUACAGAACUGACAAUCACCCUUUUGGAAUACACUGUGAUGAUUUGCACUGUAUAAUUGAAGUGUGCCUUUUGUGUUCAGUGCUUAAAUGUUGUUUAAUGGGACAAAUCUGCAGCUGUUGUUCAUUAUGGUCUUUUUUUUUUUUUUAAGAUAAAAAAAAAAAAGAAUCCUGCCUCUACCUCUCUGUACACAUCUGUCUAAAAACCUGAAAACAAACAAAAAAGAAAUAAAGU